AUGACUUAGAUUACUGACUCAGUUGCAGAAGCCCUAAUUAUUGGUGCUUCCCUUAUUGGCAUCAGUUUUGGGCUCCUCAACGCCCUGAUCAUUUUAAGAAUCCAAGUUAUUGGAGCAGAUGAUGGUGUAAUGGCACUUAAAGAUAACAAACUGGCAGCAAAGUAUCAGUAGAUGCAAAAGAUUUCAGACUUAAUUAGCGAUGGAGCAAGUACUUUCUUGCAAUAAGAAUACAUCUACAUGAGUAUCUUCGUUGUUAUUUUUUCUGCAAUCAUCAGUUUCACUGUAGAAGCCAACUUAGGAGAAUUCUGGGUAGUGGGACCAUUCAUUCUUGGAGCAUUAACAUCCAUCAUUAGUGGUUAUAUUGGCAUGAAAAUUGCAGUUAAAGCCAAUGUGAGAACUUGUAAGAAAGCAAUGGACGGACUCCAUGAUGCAUUCGUUGUAGCAUUCAGAGGAGGAAUGGUCCUCGGUUUUACUUUAGUAGGAUUGGCACUUUUAGUUCUAAUUCUGAUCAUUAUGGGAUAUAAACAGUUUUACCUCGACAACAAAACUCACAACUUAAAGACUAUGUUCGAAUGUAUUGCUGGUUAUGGAUUAGGUGGAUCAACUAUCGCUCUAUUUGGAAGAGUAGGAGGAGGUAUUUACACAAAAGCAGCAGAUGUAGGCUCUGAUUUAGUUGGAAAAGUUAUCCAAGAUCUUAAUGAAGACAGUCCUAUGAACCCUGGAGUAAUUGCUGAUAACGUUGGUGACAAUGUAGGGGAUAUCGCUGGUAUGGGUUCAGAUUUAUUUGGAUCUUUUGCUGAGGCAACCUGUGCUUGCCUUGUCAUUUCCUCCACUUCAAAUGAACUUGUGAGCAACCAUGCUCUCUAUUAUCCUUUAUUAAUCAGUGCUUCUGGAAUUAUUGUUUGCCUCCUAACCUCUUUCAUUUCAUCAAACUUGAUGCUUAUUGAUGAAGGUUACAAAGUUGAGAGAACAUUGAAGUAUUAACUAAUCUUCUCUACUUUAUUGAUGACUCCAGUCCUCUACUAUCUCUCAAUGACCUACUUGCCAUCAGUUUUCUUCUUCAAUGCGGUCGAGGGUGGAAGAGUAACAAAUUUUUCAAGUUUCAUUUGUGUAACUCUUGGUCUAUGGAGUGGUCUAGUCAUUGGUUACUUCACUGAGUAUUACACCUCUAAUGCUUAUUCACCAGUUCAAAAACUCUCAUAAUCAUGUCUCACUGGUGCUGCUCCAAACAUUAUUGGAGGUCUUGCCUUAGGAUUUCAUUCUACUGUCAUUCCAGUCCUGGCUAUUGCAGUUUCUAUUUUUGUUAGUUUCACACUAGCUAAUAUGUACGGUAUUUCAUUAGCAGCAUUAGGCAUGCUAUCUACACUUGCUAUAGCUCUUACUAUCGAUGGAUAUGGACCAAUUUCUGACAAUGCUGGAGGUAUUGCUGAAAUGAGUGAACUUGAAGAAGCAAGAAAGAGAACAGAUAUUUUGGAUGCAGCUGGAAACACUACUGCUGCAAUCGGGAAAGGAUUUGCUAUUGGAUCUGCUUGUCUUGUCGCACUAGCUCUAUUCGGUGCUUUCGUUACCAGAUCAAAUAUGACUAAUGUCAAUAUCCUUAGACCACUGGAAUUCUCAGGAUUAAUUAUAGGUGCUAUGCUUCCAUAUUCAUUUUCAGCAAUGACAAUGAGUGCAGUAGGGGACGCGGCACAAGAAAUGAUUCACGAAAUCGUGAGAUAGUUCAAGGAAAAGAGAAUUCUUGAAGGAAUAGAUAGUCCAGACUAUGAGAGAUGUAUUCAAAUAUCAACUACUUCUUCUCUCAGAGCGAUGACCAAGCCAGGUUUACUAGUCAUUUUAUCUCCCUUGGCAAUGGGUUUCCUCUUUGGUGCUAGAGGAGUCUGUGGAUUACUAGCAGGUGCUAUAGUUUCAGGGGUUUAAAUUGCUAUAUCUUUUUCUAAUUCAGGUGGUGCUUGGGAUAAUGCAAAAAAAUACAUUGAGGCAGGCAACCUCAUUGUUGAUGGGGUUGUUCAUGCUAAAAGGACAGAAGCCCAUAAAGCUGCAGUUAUUGGAGAUACAGUAGGUGAUCCUUUGAAAGAUACUAGCGGUCCUUCUAUCAAUAUCUUGAUCAAAUUAAUGGCCAUUACAUCUCUAGUUUUCAGCGGAGCAUUCGAAAGAUAUGGGGGAAUUGCAAUGAAAUACAUUAAUUCUAAGACUCUUUGA